AUGUUGGUAGCCAGGCUCGAUAAAUUGACGUGUAUUUCGAAAGAGAAUACGUGUUUUGCUAUCAGGUUAUGGUCGAGAUGGGCGCAGUAGAGAAUUCCGUCAUAAAAAUCAAUAAAUGGGAUGGUUCAGCCGUGAAGAAUGCCUUGGACGAUGCAGUCAAAGAUGUGCUGACAAAGAAAUAUAACUAUAUUGAAAAUUUCUCCCUCCUUGAUGGAAGACUAGCACUCUGCGGGGUCGCAGUCACAAUAGCUAUCAUAGCAUUGUUAUGCGAUUACUUAUAUCCAUUCCCUGUUUCUAAGCCUGUUCUAGUUAUCUGUGUUUCCUUAUAUUUCAUCUUAAUGGGACUUCUGACAUUGUAUACAACUUAUAAAGAAAAGGGCAUAUUUGUGGUCGCAAUUCAAAGAGACCCAGCAGGCUUCAAUCCUGACUUGGUCUGGGAAGCUAGCUCCUACUUAAAGAAAUAUGAUGACAAAUAUAAUCUAAUUCUGUCAGUUAGGAGCGCGUCAUCGGGCAACAUCAACGAAACGACUGUGACAAAGUCUGUUGCGAACUUUAUCGAUGUCAACGGAGUGGUAAUUCCAGAACUGAUAGAGACUGUUGUGACAAGCAUGCACGAUAGUCUGACAUCGCAACGCAAGGAGAAGUAGCACAGUGUUUCCAAAUCUGAAUGAUAGUUUCUUUCAUUCGCGAAAACUCAGUACGUCGCAAUUUCGGUGUUCAAAUUUCUUUCAAACUCUGUCUCCAAUGUUUUCAUACUCCCGAUCUUGUGCAUAACGAUGUAAAUAAUUGUCAUGAGGAAAGGACAAAUUCAAGGAUGAUGUGUAUUGUAAUUGAUAUACAUCUUAAACAAAGCAAACAUUAUAAACCUUUCUUUUCAAACAA